AUGCUCCAUCGAGAAGCGUCCUCCAAAUACCGAGCUGAGCUGGCCCGAUAUGAGGCCUAUCUCAAAAAGCUUACGGAGGAGAGAGACGCCCUCAAACUCCUCUAUGCACAAAAAGAAGAGGAGAUCAUGAGAAUUCGAGCCGAGCUGACAAGAGCUCAUCAAGAUCAGACCGAGCUCAUUGAACGGCUUCAUGAGGAGGCGAAGAUGAAAGAGGCCGAGACUUUGGGGUGGAAGCAGAAUAUGGACCAUCUCGCCUCGGAGAAAGAUACGGUUCAGGCCCAACUGUCUUCGGUUGAGCAUCAACUCCAAUGUGUGGAGGAGGAGAACUUGGCCCGAGUCCAAAAUGUUAAAGAGCUCGAGACUCGGUUGGUCGCUGAGCUUGCAAGGGCCACAUCCGAGGUAGAGGCGCUCAUGGCCUCCUACCGAGCCAAUGCUGAAGCCGCUAACACUCGGGCAAAGGAAUUUUCUAAUGCUGCUGAGGUUAGAUUGUCCCGAGUUGCUGAGCAUGCUAGGCGCCAGUAUCGAAGAGAGACUCUUGAGGAGGUACAUGCUCGUGGCUUCGACCUCACGACUCAUAUCGAGAGUGCAAAGGUUUUGGAGGACGAGGCCAGAGCUUUGCUUUCCGAUGAUGAAGUCUCUGUGAAUGGAUCCGAGAGCGGAGGAGAAGAAGAUGAAGCUCCCGAAGAUGCGGCUCCCGAGGCGGACUAG